UGUCAUAUGACACUGAUGAGUGGGCUGAUUCCCCUGACAGCGUACUCUAUGAAAACAAAGGAAACGCUGCCACAUUUAAGAGAUGAGAUGCUGUAGACAAGCAUUGUUUGGUGGCUGCAGUCGGUAAUCUGGAGCAUGGACUGUCGGGGAGUUCUGGCUGCGAUCACCGCCGCUUGUUUCAUAGGCUUAGUGGUGAGCCAGACCACUCUUACUCCUGCUGUGACAGAUACCACUCUGAUCGAAAAUGUGACCAGUCUGACUCCGACACCCGUGAUUUUCAGCAGCACCACCUCAGGCUGCUUCACUUUUAACCUUUCUGCUUGUGAGCCAUGUGCUCCGGGGUCACAGUACGACAACAACACCCUUCUGUGCACGUGCUGUCCUGACUCAGGGCGGUGUGUAUUUCCUGGCGCGUGCCUGCCAUGCACCAGAGGAUUUUAUCAGCCACUAGAAGGACAGCAGCAGUGUCUACCUUGCAGCCGGGGCUUCUACACCAAUUUCAUUGGAAGUCCAUUAUGUCGCCCUUGCCCUCCUGGGUCCUUCAACAAUAACACUGGUGAAGACUCUUGCACAAGUUGCUCACCAGGUUUCUUUUCAUCGCAGGGUAAUUCUACUUCAUGUAAACCAUGUGCACAAGGACGUUUUUGCAACUCAUCGGGUUGUACUCAGUGCCAGAUGUGUCCUGGAGGCACAGAAGCUCUGCAGACUGCCACUAAGGACUGCUCUCCAUGUCGGCCAGGUAUGUACAAGGCCGCCCGUCAGAAUAUGUGUCAAAUCUGCAGCAGUGGUUAUUUUCAGAUCCACUGGGGCCAGGAAAGCUGUGAUAUCUGCCCAGAGAAUCACUACUGCCCUAGUCCUGACGUGAACCCCAUUCAGUGUCCGAGUGAUGCCUUUUGUCCAGAGGGCAGCCUGGCUCCGGGCUACUGCAUGGAGACUUUCUUCCGCAAAGCAGGGGACACUUGUGAACUGGCUCCUGUCACUAUUGCUUUGUUAGUUAUUGGAGGAGGGGUGGCCUUACUUUUUAUCAUUUUAAUGCUUUUACGUCGACGAAGAGAAACUGACGGAGAGCUGACAGUAGCCCGGGCUCCACUGUUACGAAAAGAGCGACCUCAAGGACGAUACUAUGGCCUGCCCUGUGAUGCAGAACCUGUAUAUGCGGGCUGGUGAAGCACUAAGAUACAAGAAGAGACACUGAAACACCUUAUCAAACCACCAGCCUGUCAAUUGCAAUGAAUCACUGGCCAGUGGAGGUUGAUUCUUUGGUGAAUUCUUUCUGUCGCAAUCGUUCCACUCAGAGAAAAAUAUUCCUUGUGUAAGUGAGGUUAUUCGAUUAUGAGAGGUACGCUGGAAUGACGAAAACAACAUACAUCCCUCUGCUUGGUGACAGCCUUUUUCACUUAUGAAAAGCACUUUUUUUUUUAACAAGGUAAUUGAUUUACUUUGCAUUCCUGUUUCAGUGCACUUACAUUAACAUCUGUUGUCUCAGUGAUUACGUGUAAACUGUGGAUGAUACUUUUUUUUUUAAAUUUAAUUUAAUUAUAUUUCUUUUUAGAUACUUUUGCUUAAAGGU